AUGAAUGCAGCAAAGGCAGCUAGAGAAAAAAUAAGAAAACAACAAGCAGCACUUUCUGCAAAGGCUUUUGGAGUGAUAAAUGGAGUAAUAAAAACAAAUGUUACCAAAAAUAGUAAUAAUAAAAAUGUAAAAAAUUCAAAAAUGUCUUCCUCAACACCUCCAGUAGCAAAAACAACACCCUCAGAAAAAACAAAAUUUUCCUUCUCUUCUCCCCCUUCCUCAACUUCACCCCCAACUUCCCUCUAUAAUAUGAAAUUUACCCAAAUCUGGACUAAAAAAAGAUUAGAACAAACUACUACAAUGAAAACAAAAUUAAAAAAGAAAGAAAAUGAAGAAGAUAAGUCGGACACCGAAACUAUGAUUGAUCCUAAAAGUUGGGAGGAUAUUGAUGUGCUUGUACCUUUUACACAGAAAAAUGGAGUUUGUUUGUUAAAUUCACCGUCAACCCAAACAAACAAAAAACAUCAGAAAACAACAACAACAACAACAACAACAACAUUAUUGCCUAAAACACAGUCUAAACAAAACAAUAAAACAAAAACAAAUGUUGUUCGUCAUUCUGGUCAGACAGUAAUGAAACAAUUGGAGACGCCUAAAAGACGUGUUGAAAUCACCCUAGAAUCAACUAAACACAGCUUUAACAACCAAACAAUUUUGCCUUUUUCUUCCUUUUCUUCAGUUAAUUUAACAAAAAAUCAUUUCCAUUUGGCCGCAGCAAAAACAAUAAAAACAACAAAAAAUUCGAAGGAAUUGACUAAAAAAUCGUCAAAAAUUUUAAUAAAAAAUCAAAAAAUAAAUAAUUUGCCAAAUAAAUUAAUUAGUAGUAGAGAAGAAUUGGAACAUUUGAGACACGCUUUAAUUAAAAAUUUGGAAAAAUUUUUGAAAAAUAAGAGGAAAGAGGAAAUGAAAGAGAGUAAUAAACAGAAGAGAUUUAUUGAACCUCCAAAAAUUCUUUUUUAUUCUAAAGAGGUAAAUUAA